CGCGCGGGGAUCAGGCGUCGGACCUUGUGUCGUCUCCUCACCGCGCGCGAGCCUCUCAGUUCACUUUAUUCCCCGGCAAAAUUCACGCAGUAUCUGGGACACAAGCGCGGAGGAAAUCAUUCUUUUUUAUUAAUGUUACCUCGUUUUUUUUAUUUCUAUAUUUUGUUCACGGUGCCGUUUGGCACUUAAUAUUUAAUACAAUCUAAUUAUAAAAGGUCUGCUCCUGGACCACGGAAUAAAAGAAAGAAGUUGGGGAUGAGUGAAUGAGUGUGAGGUGAUGAAGAGGUUUAAUUAUUUCUGUGGACAGCAAAACUGACUGCAACAUUCUCACCUAAAGUGUUUAUCAUGAAGCUGUGUGAAAGACGUAGAAGGAUGGGAGCCAUGAGUGGAUGUUUGCUGGUGAUGCUAACGUUACUUGUCGUGUUUUCGGAUGUUGCCGUGUCCUGUCCUCGUCCGUGUGCCUGUUACGUCCCUUCUGAAGUGCACUGCACCUUCCGCUCACUCACCCUCAUCCCCUCAGGAGUACCACGAUUAGUGCGGCGCAUGAACCUUGGAUUUAACAGCAUUUCCCAACUUGACAAAGACUCUUUAGCUGAACUGAGGAAACUGGAGCUUCUGAUGGUGCAUGGAAACAACAUCCAUCAGAUCCCAGAGGGUGUUUUUCGAGACUUGAUGUCCUUGCAGGUUCUGAAAAUGAGCUACAAUAAAGUCAAAGUGAUCACAGGUCGCACUUUAUCUGGUCUCAUACGCCUUGUACGGCUGCACCUGGACAACAACCACAUCGAAUUCGUCCAUCCUGAUGCCUUCAGAGGGAUGACAUCACUUCGUCUGCUACAUCUUGAAGGGAACCAUCUUCAGAAGUUGCAUCCUUCUACAUUCAGCACCUUCUCCUUGUUAAAUCAUUUCCCAGUCUCUACAAUCAAACAUCUCUACCUAGCAGACAAUUAUCUGACAUUCCUGCCAAGAGAAAUGCUGAGAAACAUGCCGCAUCUAGAAAGCCUUUUCCUCAAUGGAAACCCCUGGACCUGCGACUGUAGGUUGGACUGGCUUCAGGAUUGGAUGGCACGCCAUUCAGGCGUGAUGAAGUGCAAGAAGGACAAAGCUCAUGCCACAGAUCAGCUCUGUCCUGUUUGUUCCUCACCACAGCAUCUGAGUGGAAAACAAAUCUCUGAACAGAAGGAAUUCAAGUGCACAGGGCCAGUCAUUAGCAACUCUCCAGGGAAAGACAUUUCACAAGAGGAACACCUCAGUGAACUUCUUUCUCUGGAGGAUUUCAAGUCACCUUUUGGAAACAUUAUGCUGAACCUGACAGAUGAACAUGGAAACACGGUGGACUUGAGCUGCCAAGUUGUGAAGCCGAGGGAGUCUGCAGAAAUCAUGUGGAACUACACUGAGUCUUUGCAGAUCAGUGCUAACAUGACUCUCUUAUUUGAUUUUGAAUGCCCGAUGGACAGGGAGAAGUAUACGAGAUUAUGGAGACUGCUUGCAUACUACAGCGACGUUGCUCUGCACCUGAGCAGAGAGAUUAUGUUAAGUAAAGAGCCUGAACUGAGCUACAGAUACAGACAGGACAUUGAGAGAGACGCAUACUAUUACACCGGAGUCCGAGCUAAUAUUCUGUCCCAUCCAUCUUGGCUCAUGCAAUCAUAUGUGAACAUAAAGCUCAACAGGCCCUAUUCCACGUCAAAGACUGUAAAGCUCAUUUUCACGACUCAGAUGUCUUCCACCACAGACAGUGAGCAGGCAAGACGACAGAAGAGAUCCUGGGUUAUGAUCAAACAAAACAAUGCAACCCAGACAACGUUUAGUUCAGUCGUGGGCAGUAUGAUUGAGAUGCACUGCAGUGUGAUGAGUUCUGGAGCUCCGACCAUUCAGUGGAUGUUGCCUGAUGGCUCUAAGGUUAGGGCAUCUUUCAAUAGCCCCAACAACCGGCUGUCUGUCUCUAGUAUGGGUAAACUUCUUAUCAAAGCAGUGGAUCAUUCAGAUGCUGGUGUAUAUUACUGUAUUGCUGAAUUAUUGGGAGAUGUAGACCUUCUUUCUUUUCGUUUAUCAGUUGUUGAAUCCUCCAGGCCCCCUGUGGGUGAAGAGGUCAAGAUUGCUUUCGAGAAAUUUGUCGGGGAAUCUGUUUAUCUACCAUGCAAUACCACUGCAUCACCAGAUGCUGAUGUGAACUGGAUCUUUCCAGAUGGUAGUGUGAUGAAUGCCAAAGCAAACUCAUCUAGAGGUUUUAUCUUCUCCAACGGAACACUCUUCAUUCCUCACUGCAGACCUGAUGAUAAUGGAAAUUACAAAUGUGUGGCUCUGAAUCAACACGGUGAGGACACUCUUUCCGCAAAGAUCACUGUUAAGAGACGGCAAGGAACACAACCUCUCAGACGGUAUCCCAUGGGGCCCCUGUCUGCGGCAGGUGUGUCUACAAAGGUCAAAGCAAUUUUUGAGGAUAUGGAGGAGUCAUCUGGUGAUGAUACAGGCCAGAACAGAAUGUCGUCAAAUAGAGGUUUUAUGCACCAAAGGAGGGGACCACAUUCAACGUCACAAGCAUAUCCAGUCAGGAAUUUACAAAGACAUUUUCCAGGCCACAGGAAGCCAAUUAAGAAAGGUCUGAAUGGACAACAAAGAAAAGGGAACAGGAUAAAACUGAACAAAACAAACAACAGAGUAGACCCACAGAGAUGGGCUGACUUUUUGGCCAAAAUUCGUGAGAAAGCAGUUCCAAAUACCACAACACCUAGCUCUUACCCAAGCACUCCAGCAGAAAACGUUCAGACUGUAGAUCCAGAACCUCUCAAUAACAUAGAGGGAUCUUCUCCAGAUGAUGCGAGCUCUCUGAAGGAAGAGCGAAACACCAUUAUCAUAUUUCACACCAAUGCCCAACCAGUCACAGCUCCUUCACAUAUAGAAUACCAGACAAUGUCUCCUGAAACAAGCAUUAAGUCUGACAAAGUCACGCUGAGACCCGUGAAAACCACAGCUACACCUAAUUAUGUUACCACCGAGAUAAAUAUCCUGCAGGGGAACCAUGUAAACACUUUAACUACCAGCACUUCACACAGAGAAGAAAGACAACGAAACCAAUUGGAAAAUAACCCAGCUGCUCCCAAUUCAGAGUUAGAGAAUGAGCUUGGCAUAUCAGUGAAGUCUUCUGAUGUUAAGGAAUCUUAUACAAUGAAUGAAAAGGACAGUACACAAUGGACAAAUAGCACUUCAACACAGGCAACCAAAGUCAUUUCAACUAAUGUCAUAAAGCAAAGAGCUUCAUCUACUUCAUAUUCCAGGAAACCCUGGAACUCCAGGAGGCGAUUUGGAAGCAGAGGACGAAUAAACCGAAUAAGACUAAGACCAUCCUCGUCCCUAAUCACUAGCAGACCACAGUUAUUUACAGCACCCAAGGCCACUGGAACACAUAAGCCAUUAAUCACUACAACCCUGUCCACCACACUAACAGCAGGCACAUCAGCUUAUUCUACUGCUCCAUAUAUUACUUCUACCCAAUACCUGAAAUCCGCAACAGACAACGAUUGUAAUGGUAAUGAUCAAAUGAAUGUCUCCCUGUUAGCUGAUAAUAUCAAUAUACUAACCCAUAAACUGGAGGCAAUUCCACAACAUUCCACAAUCCAGAGGACUGAACUAACUCUAAAUGUCCCACAACAUGGUUUACGCCACAGAAUACACCUUACAACACCAGCAGUGACUGUGACCACAUCUCUGAGGAGAGCAAAUAAAGAGACAUCCGUAAAGAGCUGGCAAAAUGUGCAAACAUUCACUACAGAGAUCCCAAAAAAUUACCACACUGUUUCUACAUCUCAGCCAGAAGCAGAUUAUAAAACUCUUGCAGCCACUCAAGCAGAGUUUACAUCCCAACUUUCAGCACUAAAACCAUCUCAGGAGCCUGUCACUGAGGAUGAUGCAGCAUACACCAGUCCUCACAUAUCUGAAUCCCAUCCAGAGGAAAGACUCAAUAACUUGCAAAUACUUGAAACUACACAUAAACCUGUCAAAUCUUCAACUAAUCCAGUCAAACUCAUUCAAACCCCAGUUAUAGAUCCAUAUGAAGACACUAAAACAGAAGAUUUACAACAGAAGUCAUUUUCUCACUCUACAGUGAAACAAGGGCAAGCUGGGUUUCUAACUACAACGCUUCAUACUCUUCCCAAUGAACAUGAUUCUGUUUUUCCCAUUACGACUCCAGGCCCCCAGGUGGGACAGGGAGAGUUGCUGCUGUCUAACAUAAGCAAUCCCUCUGGUAUUAUUUCAACAGUGGCAUCACCAACCACUAAAGCCAAGGUUAAAAUAUCAACAAAACCUUUUACAACAACAUCAACACCCAUGACACCAUCAAUUAAAACCACAGAGUCUGCAAUUAACUCCCCAAUUCUAACCACUAUUUUUGGAGAAACAACCUCAUUAAAACCUAGCAUCCCUAUAGCAGAUAACGGAAUUCCAGUUUACUCAAGAAACCCUUCGACUAACCACAUUCCAGAUGGGAAUCAUGGAAGAACCCUUGAUUAUAAGCACCCCAACCACAGACACCCAUUUAUCAUCCAUCAAACAUCAUCAGAUACCAAUUUAUCUGUGGAUAAUGUCAGAGCAGGCUCUGAUGGUACAAUUAGAUCAAGCUUGUCACCAAAGUCUUUUACAACCACUAUUCAGAGGACAAUGACAAGCCCAACACCAACUGCAAAGCCUCUGAGCAGAAUUCAGACAGGUGUAGUUGCUACAAACCAGCACCUUGGCAUGAAUCUCCUACUUCCUCAGCUACCAGAUGUUCCUAUACUGAGAGCAAGGCCCAGAAUCACCACUGCUAAUCUUACCACAGUCACUGUGAAUGCUAAAACAGAUGUGCAGUUUCCGUGCAAUUCUGUGGGGGAACCUAAACCUUUUCUUACCUGGACCAAAAUCUCUACAGGGGCUGUUAUUUCUGCAAAUUCUAGAAUCCAGAGAUUUGAGGUCCAGCCCAGUGGAAGUUUAAUAAUCCACAAUGUUCAGCUCCAGGAUCGUGGCCAGUAUGUUUGUGCUGCUCGGAAUCAAUAUGGUAUUGAUCAGAUGGUGGUUACGUUGAUGGUUCUGGCCCAAAUGCCAAAAAUCCUGCAUCCAUGGCAGCAUGACAUGACCGUGUACUUGGGAGACUAUGUGAACCUAGAAUGUCAAUCACAGGGUCUUCCCCAUCCCCAGAUAAGCUGGGUGCUUCCGAAUCAGACGGUAGUUCAGGCAGUCAGCACAAGGGAGCAGAGGCUAAUGCUUUUUAGCAAUGGGACACUGCAUCUGAAGCAGACUAGAUAUCCAGACAGUGGAAUCUAUAAGUGCAUCGCCAGUAAUGUGGCUGGAGCAGCAACAAUAUCGAUUCGGCUCCAUGUUACUGCACUUCCGCCCAUAAUCCAGCAACAGCCACAGGAAAACCAUACCAUUUCCGAGGGUCAGACUAUGUACAUCCACUGCAGCGCUAAAGGAGCCCCAAAUCCAGUGAUCCGAUGGGUCACCUUCAGUGGCAUGCAAAUCCGCCCUUCCCAGUUCAUCAAUGGAAAUCUGUUUGUCUUUCCCAAUGGGACGUUAUACAUUCGCAACCCAACAGAAAACGACUCUGGUACCUAUGAGUGUGUUGCUUUAAAUGUCAUGGGCAUAGCCAGGAGACGUGUGAGUGUGAUGGUGAAGAGGGCUUUCUCUACAGCUAAAAUUACCUUCACAUCACCACUAAGAACUGAUGUCAGUUAUGGUGGCUACCUAAGGUUAGACUGCAGUGCUUCUGGAAGCCCUGAACCGAAAAUCAUCUGGAAAACGCCAGUGAAAAAACUCAUUGAUGCACAUUUCAGCUUCGAUCACAGAAUGAAAGUCUUCAGCAAUGGCAGUCUCACCAUUCAAUCAGUAACAGACAAGGACCAUGGAGACUACCUCUGUCUGGCCAGAAAUAAAUUUGGGGAUGAUUUCGUUCUCCUGAAAGUGACUGUCAUGAUGAAAGCAGCCAGAAUAGAGCGGAAACAGUUUAAUAACCACAAGGUUCUUUACGGAGGAGAUCUAAAGGUAGACUGUAUAGCAUCGGGCCUCCCGAACCCUGAGAUCAAAUGGAGUCUUCCAGAUGGCACCAUGAUUAAUAGCAUCAUGCAGUCGGACGACAACGGAGUGCACACAAAGAGGUAUGUUGUAUUUGACAACGGUACCCUCUAUUUUAACGACGUGGGCAUAAAGGAGGAGGGAGACUACACGUGCUAUGCUGAGAAUCAGAUUGGCAAAGAUGAAAUGAAAAUUCGUAUCAGAGUAGUGGCAGCUGCCCCAAUCAUACACAACAACACUUUUGAGGUGAUCAGAGUGUCACAUGGGGAAACAGCAUCACUUACUUGCAGGGUAAUAGCACAGCCUUCACCAACAAUAACAUGGCUUUCCCCAAACAACCACAUCAUAGCCCUGCCAGCAUCAGAUAAAUACCAGCUUACCAGUGAUGGGACUUUAGAAAUCCAUAAGGUUCAACUGUUGGACAGAGGAAACUACACUUGCUUAGCCAAAAAUACAGCAGGUACAGACAAGAAGGUGGUUAGUGUGGAAGUUGUGACUUCAGCGCCCAUCAUAAAUGGACUAAAAAGUCUCGUGACCAGAGCAGAGGAGACUGCUGAGAAGGACCAGCGGAUUCUGCUGCACUGCAAAGCCGAAGGAACGCCAUAUCCCCAAGUCAUGUGGAUAAUGCCGGGGAACGUUGUGCUUCCAGCUCCUUACUAUGGCAGCAGGUUCAUGGUUCAUCGCAAUGGUACUCUUGAAAUUCGCAAUUUACGCAAGAGUGACUCUGUCCAGUUGGUCUGCAUAGCUCGCAGUGAGGCAGGAGAAGCCAGACUGCAGGUACAGCUUCAUGUUAUAGAGCGUGUUGAGAAACCAAAGCUGAAAAGCUUGCCAACAGAGACUGUCCAAUUGAUCAGUGGAGUCUCUGUGAUUCUAAACUGCUCCAUGGAAGGACCCCCCUAUCCUGAGAUCACUUGGUUCCUUCCAAGUGGAACAACCCUAUUGAGUGGAACAAGCAUUUUCCCUUUCAACCAUCUCCCUGAUGGAGCUUUGAUCAUCACAGAACCUUCUGUGUCAGAGGAAGGGAUUUACAGAUGCUUGGGCCGUAACAGUGCAGGUUCUGUGGAACGCAGAGUGACUCUACAGUCCAGCCAGAAACCUGUCAUCAGUAGCAAGUACAGCUCAUUGGUCAGCAUUAUCAAUGGAGAAAACCUGCAGUUAAACUGUCUGUCAAGUGGUAACCCAGAACCCAAGCUUACUUGGACCCUACCAAGUGGAGAAACCCUAACUAGGCCACAGAGAAUGGGUCGAUACACCAUUUUUGACAACGGUACCUUAACAGUUCAACAAGCCUCUGUCUAUGAUAGAGGGACUUACCUUUGUAAUUCUGCCAAUGAACACGGGUCCUCGUCCAUGACAGUUGCAGUGAUUGUGAUUGCAUAUCCGCCACGCAUCACCGCUGGACCCUCAGCAGUCACUUAUGGGAGACCAGGAAUUGCAAUCAAGCUUGACUGUAUGGCGAUUGGGAUCCCAAAGCCAGAGGUGCUUUGGGAGAUGCCUGAUAAAUUCCAGCUCAAAUCAGGCCCCCAAGUGCGACUUUACGGGAACAGGUAUAUCCACCCACAAGGUGCUCUGGUCAUCCAGAACCCAUCAAGCAGAGACAGUGGUUUCUACAAGUGCACCGCCAAAAACCUGAUUGGAAGUGAUAGCAAAGCAACCUACGUAUAUGUGUUUUGAUACAAAAUACUAUUUUAUAAUAUAAAUACCUUCACGCCUUAAAGAACUGCAGUGCAGAGAAUACUGAGAAUAGCGAGUGAGUUACAUUGUAGAUACGUUGAAGAUAUGUUGGUUUAAUUUUUUAUCUCUUCUGGUAAAUAUUCUCUUGUAAAUACAGUAUUAAAACUAAUUAUAAUUAUAUUUUAAAUAUGAUUAGAUAUCAUACAGAUACUGCUCUGCUGCUUUCUUGAUGCUGGGAAGAAAUUCAAGGUGUUUGGUUUAGACCCAUGGUUCUCUAUGUGCUCCAGGGACUCCCAGGUGUCUAUGAAGCAAAGUGAUGGGUGAUAUAGUUUUCUCAGAUUUGUUGCACACAAUUAUCCAAUUAAUUGCUAUGAUUUUUUAUUAAUCUCUAUUAAUUUCCUGUUUUUAAAUAUUAUUGUACACAUUUAAAUAAUGUGCUUUUUUUUUAUUUUUUACUUACAAUAGAUUCUAUGUAAAAUAAGUCUUGUGUAUUGUGGGGGUCCAUGGGGUUUUAUUUACAGUUAAAAGUUUAAUUGCCCCCUUUCUUAAUGACACAAAUGCAUUGUCAGGGAGCUUACAAAUAUAUUAGCAUUUGCCAAUAUCUACACUGUAGUUUAUCCUAAAGGACCAGGCUUCAAAGUAAUCAUUUUAUUUUUUUAAUAUAAUAUAAAUGUUUCUUGUGUGUUUUAUUUGUUUCUGUACACUGUUUUAUAGCAAAAUGUGCAUUACAAACCUUUUUUUUGCCAUUGUUGCCAUGCUAUAGUAACGCUAUUUCUUUUUUAAUUUAUUUGUCUGUUAAAGAUGUCAUUCAAAGCAAUUGAAUAUAUUUUUCUGAGAAGCUCGUAGCUGCACUUUACAUCUACGUUUGAAAUAAACAAGUAUUUCAAUUAUUUAAGCAGUUACAUGAUAAACUACAGGUAUUUUAAAGUCCCAGCAAAAGUAUAAACAGAAAAAAUUGAAGAAGAAAUAUGAAAUAAUUCCUGACUCAUUCAUACUUCUGUUCUUUUUAACCAAAAUGCCUUGUUACUGGAUGCAAGUGUCCUAAAAUCCCUGUAGAAAUUCCGAAUAGGUUUCUAAUUAGUGGAAGCCUGAGUAGACUUCUGUUUCAGUGGCAUGAAGAACACACAUAAUAAUGAUUUAUGAGAAUCCUUAACAUUGAAAAGCAAGAAAAAAAAACAGCCUCAUGAAACAGGUGUGUAAGACCAUUAGCAAAACUCGAAACCUCUGAUUUUGACAGUCGAGAUGUAUGAUAUUGCAGCAAACAGCAGUCUUGCUAAUGCUGUGUGUUUGGCUGUAAGGUGUAUUUAAAUCAUGCUAGCAUUAUUAGUGCUAAUCAUAUGAUAUUUUGCUAGCAAGGAAGCUUUAAAAACCUUCAAACUCUCAAUGCCUCCUUACUGAAUUAGGUUUCUUCAGUAAAUAUUUUCAAUGUGAGUAAAAAAAUAAUUUAUUCAUGUAUUUGUGACCACCACAGUUAGCUAGCUAGCACAAAAGAGAAGCAUAAUGACAAGUGUUUUUAUCUAGUGAUGUUCCAUUCAGAAGUUAUUAAGCCAAAAUAGUGAGAUAAUAUUGUAACAAGUUAUUAAUUUGUAAUAAGAAAAUGAUAUGCUGUGGAUUGUGAAUAAGUAUAAUGCGGUACAGGUAGAUGUAAGUUUAGCUAGCUAACACAGGAACGAACAGUUCCCUGUCCCUGCUGGCCACAACAAACUAACACUGUUUCAGUUGAUACAAAAAAAAACCUUGACACUUGACUGUGAUUUAUUUAGUAUGAGGACAAAAAUACCCUGAAAAUUUUCCUGUCGUUUUAUUUGAAUGUUCUUUAGGGCUGAGGCAGCAUGUGGACGGCAUUAGCUAACACAUGCUAGGGCUAAUCAGGUGAUGUUUCCUGGUGUGCAGCUAAAACAUCAAAGAGCCUUGUGGAAAUAUUCUCCACACACUCUUUCAAUCAAGGAAAUAUUGACCACUGUCUGGGGGUCGCACUGCAGGCACAGUGAGUUGGAGGUGUGUUUACAAGAACAUGCUUCUGUUAGGCUCAAUAAUUAUCAGAUAAUUUGAAAGCAAUUCCCCACAUUAGCUCUGGAUCUGCGUCAUCAAACUGUCCCUCAGUGAAGUGGCCCAGGUCAAAAAAGCAGCCCAUACACAUUCAGUGGUGUAACAUACAGAGCAGCAGAUGCUCAGCCAACCAGAAUCUUUAAACCUUAAACUCUCAUAAAAUGUAGACGGUGCCCCGAGCUACUGAUAGCUGCAGCUAAUGAAUUUCCCCUGAUAGGAAAGGCUGGUCUUGUGACUUUUGGUGGUAGAAGUCUGUGGUAAAAUAAGGCUGUAAUUAACUUUUUA